GGUUAGUGGAUCUCCUCCCGUUGUUAGAUUCUACCCUACGGCAAGGGCAACCGGGGCUCACAAAGGUAAUAAUAGGAGAGACAGGCCGGUGCCACAGCCGAGGAGGGGAGGGGGAAGAGAGAGAGAGAGAGCGAUGGGGAUCCGCUUCAUACUGCUGGUAAACAAGCAAGGCCAAACCCGGCUGGCCCAAUACUACGAGUAUCUCACCCUCGAAGAGCGCCGCGCCCUCGAGGGAGAGAUCGUCCGCAAAUGCCUCGCCCGCACCGAGCAACAGUGUUCUUUUGUUGAGCAUCGGAACUACAAAAUUGUGUAUAGGCGAUAUGCAUCACUUUUCUUCUUAGUAGGGGUUGACAAUGAUGAGAAUGAGCUAGCAAUCCUAGAAUUCAUACAUCUAUUAGUCGAAACUAUGGACCGCCAUUUUGGAAAUGUGUGUGAGCUUGAUAUCAUGUUCCAUCUUGAGAAGGCACACUUCAUGCUGGAGGAGAUGGUUGUGAAUGGGUGCAUUGUUGAAACAAGCAAGACAAAUAUUUUGGCUCCAAUUCAGCUCAUGGACCGGGCUUCGUAGCUCUUUAGAUGUUGGCUCCGCACCUAGUGUCGAUCUGAUCUGUAGUUUUGCGUUUUCUUGUAUUGUUUCAAAUUUGGAAAUUCGUUGGCAGAUGAUGAAACGAUCUGAGAGUAGCUGAUUUCAUAAACUUCUGAGAGUAAAUCAUUGUUGAAUGCAUGUAUGAGAUGGCUGAGAUGAUUUUAUGGUA